UGUGGGCGGGGGGUAGAAAGGCGGCCGCGAGAGUCUGACGAGCGUCGUGGGGCUUCGCUGGGCCCCUUUUCUCGCCGGGUCGCUCUCGGCCUCUGCCUGCGCAUAAGGCCAUUGCUUUCCAACUUCAGCUACAGUGAUAGCUAAGUUUGGAAAGACCAAACAGAGGGAAACCGUUACGUCCUCCUCCACCUCUUUGCACCUCUUCUAGUCCCCCGAAUCACCUCCGUGUUUCUGUUUUCUCUCUCUCUCUCUCUCAUACACUUCCACCGCUCUCUCUGUUGCCUCUGCACCUGAAAGGCCUUCAGAGCCGCAGCAGCUGAGCGAACAGGGAGACAGAGGUGACCGCUGAUUGCCAUGGCUCGGUCAGCAGAACAACAAAACAGCCGAGGAUGCUGCGAAUCCUUUACUGACUAUUUGACAUCCGCAAAAGUCCUCCUAUACUUUGGACAUGCCCUGUCCACUUGGGGAGAUCGUAUGUGGCAUUUUGCAGUGUCAGUCUUCCUGGUUGAACUAUAUGGGAACAGUUUGCUCCUAACCGCUGUUUAUGGAUUGGUUGUGGCAGGAUCAGUUCUUCUCCUAGGUGCCAUUAUUGGAGAUUGGGUAGACAAGAAUUCAAGGCUCAAAGUAGCCCAGACGUCCUUGAUUGUGCAGAAUGCGUCAGUCAUCUUGUGUGGCAUCCUUCUGAUGAUUGUCUUCCUGUUUAAAACACAGCUUUUAAACUUGUAUCAAGGAUGGCUUCUUACCUUGUGCUAUAUUCUAGUCAUCACAAUAGCGAACAUUGCAAAUUUGGCCAGUACAGCAACAGCAAUCACCAUACAGAGGGACUGGGUUGUUGUUGUUGCUGGUGACAAUAGAAGCAGAUUGGCAGGUGAAGUAUAUUUGAUUUUGUUUACCUCAAGUUAUUUUAUUCUGUGUGAUUGGGUUAAAAAAACUGAACUCAGCACAUUUUGCUAGAUUGCAGCAUUUGUG